AUGCUACAGCUUGCUUUCCGUCAAACCGUUCAUGAAUAUGGAACCGACCUCUGCUGGACGCCAAUGAUCCUGUCCAAGGAGUUCAAUCGCAACAAGUUUGCCCGUGACAGUGUUCAGUUUGGCUCCAGCAGCCCCCUCGAGCUCGCCCGCUCAUCCUCUCUCGCUGCACCUUAUGUCAACGGCGUAGAUCUCAACUGCGGCUGCCCGCAAUCCUGGGCUUGUGCCGAGACGCUCGGUGCCGCACUCAUGGAGAAGCGCGAGCUUGUCCGUGAAAUGGUGGUCAGCACUCGCCAGCGCCUGGCCAGUGACGGAUGGCAUGUCGGUAAGGAGCGCGACAUAGACAGUCCCAAGGGGAGGAGCAUCAGCGUCAAGAUUCGUGUUCAUAACGACCUGAGGCGGACCAUGGAUUUCAUCGACACAGUCAUCGGCAACCCCCAGGACAGAAACAUCGACUUCCUGACCAUCCACCCCCGUACCCGCCACACGGCCUCCAGCAUCCCUAUCAACACCGAGUCCCUCGGCAUCCUCCUCGAAAAAUACGGCGACAACCUCCCUAUCCUCCUCUCGGGUGACGUCUUUUCCAUGGCGACCCUGCCCCUGUCAACAGUCUCCAGAGCAGCACCACAGCCCUCGGAGCCGAAGACGAUCAACGGCCACAACGGCUACACGGACUUCACUCCCAGCGGCACCAAGCUCGCGGGCCUCAUGUCUGCUCGCGGCAUCCUCGCCAACCCGGCCCUCUACGCCGGUCACGAGUCCUGCCCCUGGGAGGCCGUUGAGUCCUUCAUGCGCCACGUCGUCCGCGCCCCCAUGCCUGUGAAGCUGGUGCAGCACCACCUCCACGAGAUGUGCGGACCCGGUAUGGGCCCGGAUAAGCGCGCGCUACUCAACCGGCAAGAGCGAGCAGCGCUUCUCGGGCUCGACAACAUGGUGGAUGUCAUUGAUUUCAUGGACGAUGCAAUCAACCGCAAGACGGGAAGGACAGAUGGGCUCCGUCGCGAGGCCGUAGGUAGCUCAACAGUUCCUGUGCCGUGA